CUGAAAGCACCACAGAUGGUUCUGAGCCACAUGAGCAGUCAGACUACUACGAAAGUGUGUAUGUGUGUGUGUGUGAGAGAGAAAGGGAGUGUGAGAGCUUGGAGCACGAGGUGUGAAAGCGCAGUGGCAGCUGCGAGAACCGAGGCUACUGCAGGCGCAGAGACAAACGCAGCUCUGAAGGAGAGAAGGAAGGAGAACUCUGCACCUCUGGGAAAUAUUUCUAAGAGGAGAGGCAGUGUCGUUCCGUGCCGUAUGAGCGUGCCACCUCCUGUAACACACACACAGCAGGCCAAGUGUACACGCUGGGAUCACGGCUGCAGGAGGGGAAAAGUUUUCUUACACAGAGCCUACAAAGAAAGGAACAGCAAGCAACAUCUUCAGUGAUGAGCUGCAGGAAGAGAUGCAAGAGGGAGAUCCUAAAGUUUGCUGGGUACAUCUUCAGAUUCAUCACUGGCACACUUAACACAGACAGUACCGAGGAUGAGUUGGAGCUGUCAGCCGUGCGCCAUCGACCAGAAGGCCUGGAGCAGCUGGAGGCCCAGACCCGCUUUUCUCGCAAAGAGCUACAGAUUCUCUACCGAGGCUUCAAAAAUGAAUGUCCAAGUGGUGUGGUCAAUGAAGACACAUUUAAGGACAUUUACGCACAGUUCUUUCCACAAGGAGACGCAUCCACGUAUGCACAUUUUCUGUUCAACGCAUUUGACACAGACCACAACGGCGCAGUGAGUUUUGAAGAUUUCGUAAUGGGAUUGUCUAUACUGCUGCGAGGAACAGUUCAGGAGAAACUCAACUGGGCAUUUAACCUGUAUGAUAUUAAUAAAGAUGGAUAUAUAACAAAAGAGGAAAUGUUAGACAUCAUGAAAGCCAUUUAUGACAUGAUGGGCAAGUGGACAUAUCCUAUUCUUAAAGAGGAAACUCCAAGACAACACGUGGAGAUAUUUUUCCAGAAAAUGGACAAAAACAAGGAUGGUGUGGUCACCAUUGACGAGUUUAUAGACUGCUGCCAAAAUGACGAAAACAUCAUGAGAUCGAUGCAGAUUUUUGAAAACGUUAUUUAAUAGCCGAAUGGACGACAUACCUCCGGUGGCUGGUCGGCUCAUGCAAGCACCUUUCUGCUCCACGUGUGCCGAUAUCAUUAAAGAGAAAUGUAUUUGAAUGGAAGGCAAACUCAACCAAGACAACACCUUUCUUUGGGGUUCAAACUACAUUUCAGUUCAUUUCAUUGCAGCUCCUGUUUAGAGGUCAUGCUUUUAAUUAACAGCAACUGCCAUUUGAAAGGUUUUUGUGCAUGGGAGUAUACCGAACGCCGCCUAUAUAGGAGGAUAUGCUGGAACGGAUUACUUUUAAUCUCCCAGCCAUGUUCCAUUAAAUGUUACCAGUAAUACUGAAACAAAAUGAAAAUGUUUUCAUUACCUCUUACAGUAGUAGCAUUUAUUUCUACCCAUAAUGUUGCAACAGUCAGUUUUAACUAUGUAUUGCAGAGAGCAUGUUUUAUACACAAUGCAUGUGGAAUCAGUUUUUAGGGUUUAAUUUUACUGUAAGUCUGUAAAUAAGAGCCCUAACAGACAUGUUGAUCCUUAAUUUAGUUUGUAUGUUGUUAUCAUUUGUCAAAGCAUUGAAACCUAUGCCCAAAGGCACAGACAUUUUGAUUACAGAAAGUUCUAGAGACAAGAGUUUUAGUUGAAAGGCUGAUAUAUAUAAAUCUUUUUUUUUUUUUCAUAUAUGCUAUAUCCUUUAUUUUUUCCUUUUUUUAAAAGUGUAUAUUAAAUAAUUGAAUAUUGACAUAAUUGAUUAAUAACUGAAUAUUUGCCAACGGUAUCAGAGUAAUAGAAAAUAUAAACAAUAAGUCUUUAUUUUUAGAUUGAUGUUUUGAGUAACUAUAUUCCGAAAACAAUGGCAUUGCUGAUUGAUUUUAUUUACUAGGAUUCUAACAUUGUACCAGAUAUAGAGCACUAUUUCACUAUUUGAAUCGCACAGUAUUUGAUUUGAUUCAUGAUUCUUAUGACUGUGUGUGUGUGUGUGUGUGUGUGUGUGCUAAGAACAUAACAUCAAAAGUCAGAGGAGAGGAACUAAUUUGUGCAAAUUCAGUGUCUUUAAUUUGGACUUACACUUGAAGUACAUUUUUUUUUGUUCUAUUUCUAGCCAGUUCUGGCAUAGGAACAAUGAACAUUGCUGCUUUUCAUUGCAUUAUGUCGCAAGCUACAAAGAGCAUCCUUUCAUAUUUUUCCUUUUUAUGUCAAUCCAAAGCAGUCGCCCCUUCUUCCCCCUCAGAUGUUUUUUUCUCUCUCUCUCUCCUGUUUUCCGGUAUUAAAACUGAUUAGCUCCUGCUGACUGAAUCAAAGAUGUAGGUAGAGCUGUGACUUGCUACAGCACAGACAGAACAGCGAGCAUGCUGGGUAGCAGAUGUAUGUUUUCUGUCUCCCAGCAGCAUCUAAUAGCCCUUGUCCAAAGGCAUCAUUUCCAACUGCCAUGUAAUGCACUUACCACCAGCAAUAUGCUUCAUGGCAGGCACUGGUUUAUUUAAGCUGAUU